GACAAAAUAUCUCAAGUGGUAGAAAGUUGGUGCGGCCGGGACGGGGUGCGGAGCCCCGAGGUGCGGGGCCGGGGGCCGGGGGUCCUGGGCGCGUCUUCUCCCAGCGCUUGGCCCCCCAUCACCACAGCGAGUUGCCCUACAAAUCGCAUUUGGGGUUUUUUUCUCGGUGUAGCUCGUCUUCAGGGGUAUUUCCAGGAAGAGACGGCCCGUCGUCCUAGUGUCUUAGGAGGCGCAUGCUUGCGGGUCCCUCGGUCGUCGUGCCUCUGGGCACCGCCGCUCAGAUUUAAUCAGUAAGAUCAUGCACAAGGGUCAUCGUGCUGUCAGGAUGACGGCGCUCCGGUCUCCGAGACAGGACGCGGGUCUGCGCUGCGUCAGCUGGUGUCUGUGCCGAGCGGCGGGCCGUGCUGGGGCCCCUGGCAGGCGGUGCUCCGCGCCCUGAGAUGAGACGGCACGCUCACCGGUCACAGGCCCUCUUCUCCAGUCAGACUGACGAUCGGCCACACUCAUGCGCGUCCGGGAAGACGGCAUCGUCUUGAAAAAGCUGAAGGCGACGUACGUCUGGGGGUGCGGAUGAGCCUUUGGAUCAGGUUUUCGCCCACCUAAGGUAACGCGACGAGGCAGCCAGAAUAGUUAUGGUCAGUCAUGGAGAAUAACCAGGAGCCUCGUCCCAAAGGGGAUGGCCAGUUUGUUUCUGCUAAAAGAAAUUUUAAAAUAGAAGGGGAAGAUGUUCGACUCCCGAAUCACGGUCUGGAAGGAGUGGAGUUUAAAAGCGAGCAGGACAGGAAGCGGGCCGACGGCGGUGGGGAGCGGGCGGAGGCCGGGGAGGCGGGCGGGGGCCGCGAGCCCCCCGGCCAGCGCCUCCCUGCCGACCAGGAGGAGGAGUACGGGUCCCUGUUCUCCCAGUACAGCGGCACGCUGUACGACGUGGCCAUGGAGGCCGUGACGCAGAGCCUGCUCUCCGGCCGGGGCGCGAGCUCCCGGAAGAAGUCUCCGGCCUGGAAGCAUUUCUUCAUCUCCCCCCGGGACAGCACGAAGGCCAUCUGCACGUACUGCAUGAAGGAGUUCAGCCGCGGGAAGAACGAGAAGGACUUGAGCACCAGCUGCCUCAUGAGGCACGUGAGGAGGGCGCACCCCACGGUGCUCCUCCCGGAGAACGGCGGCGUGCCGGCCCCGCCCUCCCUCUCGCCGCCUCCGCUGCGGCUGCCGCCGGCGCCCGCCGACACCGGGGACCCGGGCGCCGUGCUCUCGCCCGCCAAGCUCGCCCCCAGACUGGCGUCCAAGGUCCCUUCCCGCGACGACGUGGCGGAGGAGUCCGCGGUCUCCCCCGAGGAAGUGCCCUCCGACGCGUCCGCCUCCGAGAAGGUGGGCAGGGAGGAGGCCCCGGGGGGGCCGCCGCCCCUCCCCACCCUCCACUGCGAGGAGACCUCGGACAGCGGCCCGGAGAGAAACCCCCCGCUCCCGAAGAGCGCGUCCGGGUCCCGGCGGCGGUCUGCCGUGUGGAAGCACUUCUACCUGUCGCCGCUGGACAACUCCAAGGCUGUGUGCAUCCACUGCAUGAACGAGUUCAGCAGAGGGAAGAACGGGAAGGACCUGGGCACCAGCUGCCUCAUCAGGCACAUGUGGCGGGCGCACCGCUCCAUCGUGCUGCAGGAGAACGGGGGCGGCCCGGGCAUCCCGCCCCCGUACGCCGCGCCCCCCACCCUGCUGCCCGCCCUGCCGCCCCCAGAGGGGGGCCCGGGCUCCGUGUCGUCCUCGCCCGGGACGCUGGCCCAGGAGUCCCCCUCCGCGUCCCCCGACCGGCCGGCCGAGGACUUGCAGGGGCGUCUGAACCCCGGGGACGCGCUCCCGGAGGACGCGUCGGCCCUGUCCUCUGACGACGUGGGCGAGGCCUUGCUGGCGUCCUCCCCCGAGAAGCCGCAGGGAGACGGGCUGAGCCCCAGCCUGUUGGAGUCCGGCGCCGUGUUCCAGCAGAACAAGAAGGUCAUGAAGAGGCUGAAGUCGGAGGUUUGGCAUCACUUCUCGCUGGCGCCCACGGACAGCCUCAAGGCGGUGUGCCGACACUGCACCUGUGUCAUCAGCCGGGGGAAGAGGGGCGACGUGGGCACCAGCUGUCUGAUGAGGCACCUCUACCGACGCCACCCCGAGGUCGUGGGGAGCCAGAAGGGCUUGCUGGGUGCGGGUUUGGCAGAUUCUCCGUACGCGACCUUGGCCUCCGCGGAGGGUUCCUCCUCCAAGUUGACGGACCUGCCAGCGACGGUUACCAAACACAAUCAAGUUAUGUUUCCCAUUCACAGCAAAAAGACCUCCAAGCUAUGGAAUCACUUCUCCGUCUGCUCCGCAGACCCCACGAAAGUCGUGUGCUUGCACUGCGGCCGCACGAUAAGCAGGGGGAAGAAGCCCACCAACCUGGGCACCAGCUGCCUUCUGCGGCACCUGCAGAGGUUCCACGGCAGCGCGCUGAAGGCGGACGCGCCCAGGGCCGCGCGGCCCUCCUCACCCGGCCUCCGCGGGCCCCUGGGCGCAGAGCUGUCGGGAGCCUCUUCCUUGGAGGACACCGCCGAGAAGUUCUAUGAUUCCCACCCAGUUGCCAAAAAAAUCACAAGUCUCAUAGCCGAAAUGAUUGCACUUGACCUCCAGCCAUAUUCUUUUGUAGACAAUGUUGGCUUUAACAGGCUGCUCGAAUACUUGAAACCUCAGUACUCCCUGCCCUCGCCCUCCUACUUCUCCAGGACCGCCAUCCCAGGCAUGUACGAUAAUGUGAAGCAGAUAGUUAUGUCCCACCUGAAGGAGGCGGAGAGCGGCGUCGUCCACUUCACGUCUGGAAUAUGGAUGAGUAACCAGACCCGCGAGUACCUGACGCUCACCGCGCACUGGGUCACCUUCGCGUCGUCGGCCCGGCCGUACCGUGAGGACCGCCACUGCUCGGCCCUGCUGGACGUGUCGCAGGUCGACUGUGACUACGGCGGCAACGGCAUCAGGAAGCAGCUCGAGUGCUGGUGGGAGGCCUGGGUGACGUCCCCCGGCCUUCAGGUCGGGAUCACGGUCACCGACAACCCGAGCAUAGGGAAGACACUGAGCGAAGGGGAGCGAGCGAGCGUGCAGUGCUUCAGCCACACGGUCGACCUCGUGGUCGGCGAGGCCAUCAAGAGCCAGCGGAUGGUCCAGAAUCUGCUUAGCAUCGCGCGGAAGAUAUGUGAGCGGGUCCAUCGGUCGCCCAAAGCGAAGGAGAAGCUGGCGGAGCUGCAGAAGGAGUACGCGCUGCCCCAGCGCCACCUCAUUCAGGACGUCCCGUCCAGGUGGAACACGUCCUUCCACAUGCUCGAGCGGCUCAUCGAGCAGAAGCGGGCGAUCAACGAGAUGUCCGUCGAGUGCAACUUCAGAGAGCUGAUCAGCUGCGACCAGUGGGAGGUCAUGCAGUCCGUGUGCCACGCGCUGAAGCCCUUCGACGCCGCGAGCCGGGAGAUGAGCGCGCACGCGUCCACGCUCGGCCAGGUCAUCCCCAUGAUCCACAUCCUCAACAGGAAGAUCGAGAUGCUCUUCGAGGAGACCAUGGGCAUCGACACCAUGCUCAAGUCUCUGAAGGAAGCCAUGGUGAGCCGGCUGGCCGCCACGCUCCACGACCCCAGGUACGUCUUUGCCACGCUGCUGGACCCCCGCUACAAGGCCUCCCUGUUCUCGGAAGAGGAGGCCACGCAGUACAAGCAGGAUCUAAUCAGGGAACUGGAGGAGCUCAACUCUACCUCAGAGGAUGCACCCGUCUCCAACGGGUGCCACCCAGGCUCCCCCUCCAGAGACUCGGUUGGGGAGGAAGACCUGUGGUCGCUCGUGGCCAAGAUGACCAGGAAGGGCCCCAAGGAGAAGACGAAGGUGCCCGAGGACAUGGUGCUUGCGUAUCUGGAGGAGGAGGUGCUCGAACACAGCUGCGACCCCCUCACCUACUGGAGCCUGAAGAGGUCGGCCUGGCCAGGCCUCUCCGCUCUGGCCGUCAGGUUUCUGGGCUGCCCCCCGAGCAUCGUCCCUUCCGAAAGGCUGUUCGGCACACCCACCGAGAACGGAGGCUUUGGCCAGUCCAGGCUCAUGAUGGAACACUUCGAAAAACUCAUCUUUUUGAAAGUGAAUCUUCCCUUAAUAUACUUUCAGUAUUGAAACUCACCGCGGAGCCACCGAACGAACGGAAAAUACUGUUGGUUAUUAGGCACCAGCUGUUUGUCCCCGGGUGGUGGCGCGCUCGGGGGGGUGGGGGUGGGGGCGCGUGGGACGCCGCGGCCGGCACCCUGAGGUGGCACGAGCCUCACCGUCCAGCUUCACUGUAAUGUCUCCGUGUGCCUUACUCCCAGCACCGCAGGCCGGGUGUCACCGCGGGCUCUCGGCCCGCUACAGAGAGCCUGUCUUGCCGAUCAUGAAAUACGAUGACUAGGGUUUCAUUCAUAACUGUAAAGUUUUUUAAAAGUUGGGGGUUAGUAAUUUGUUUUAUUAGACUGGCAGAGAAGAUGUAAACGAUUUUAUCCUGUAGGCUUUUUAUUCAAUUAUGUAAAAACCACAAAUCAGGUACUGUAUUUUAGUUAAAAAAUUGCUUUAAUUCAACAAAACAGCUUUUGUGGCUGUUUAAUGAAAUCUGUAAAUAGGAGGUGGAGUUCAAGCCAUCCUGGCUGAGCAGUUUUUAACUGCAGGCUCUAUAAAGUAUGUCGAGGAGUACAGAGAAUAUUCUGGAACAUACCUGUUUACUGCAACAGAGGUGUGGCAUUUGAAGACAAAAUUAAGUUUAGAUGUGUCCCGCGAUGUUGGUUGUGUAGUGAUGUGGUAAAGAGAGGGUUCCGGUUCAUGCUUUUCAUUCAGGUUUUACACGGUCGGCUCGCUCAGAGAUGCCCCGACCGCUGAUCACGAGCCCCCGGACGCCUGCCGUGGGCCACGCGCAGUGGCCAGUUCACGGCGGUCCUGUCGGGGACGCCCCGAGCCUCGGACCUGGUGUCGCGACACCACGAAGCUAUCCUUUGAAAUUUGUGCACUGACCCCGCUGACCCCACUUUGAUCAAAUUAUGUAUAAAAUUCUUUUUAGAAGAGAUGGCUUAUUAACAGGGAAGAAGAUUGUUAUAUCGCAGUUGUAAGAAUAGCCUUAGGUGUUUAGAUUUUUUUAUAUAUAAUAGGGAAGAGUCAGCCAUCACGGGGGCGUUUCAGAAUCCCAAGGACAUCAGAAUGAAGCGUCAGUUGUCAGAUUGUUUGAACAAUGAUACGUCUUCAGAGUUUUUGCUGCAACGUCCAGAAAAGGGUUCAUUUUCCUAUGUCAAACCAAUUAAAUGUUCUGGAUGAAGCAAGUCACUUGUUUGCCUGUGACCUUUUAGAAAAAUUGUUUUGUUAAAAACCUGUACCUGUUAUUAAUCUGGAUUUGCAUUGACUAUGUUUUAGUGUAUUUAUAAACGGCGAACUCAGUUUCUGAAAUUAAACUUUUUAUUUGCAA